AUGGCCUCCCGUGUCUUCACCCAGCGCCUGGCUACCGCCAUGGCCCAGUCCUCCAAGGUCGCUCGCCCUGCUGCCCGCGUCAACCUCAACGCUGCCACCAAGCGCACCUUCACCCAGAAGGCUCCCGCCACCACCUUCUCGGCCCCCAAGCGCGUCGCCUCGCCCACUCUCCUCCAGGCCAACGCCCGCCUCGCCUUCCAGAACGCCGGCCGCCGCCAGUACUCCUCUGAGGUCGCCACCGCCAUGGUUGAGGUCUCCAAGAACAUUGGUAUGGGUUCCGCUGCCAUCGGUCUCGGUGGUGCCGGUAUCGGUAUCGGUCUCGUCUUCGCCGCUCUCCUCAUGAGUGUCUCCCGCAACCCUGCUCUCCGUGGCCAGCUCUUCUCCUACGCCAUUCUGGGUUUCGCUUUCGUCGAGGCCAUGGGUCUGUUCGACCUGAUGGUUGCUAUGAUGUGCAAGUACGUCUAA